AUGAUAACUCUGCUAGUGAUGGUGUUGGAGGUUCAGCUCAGCUAUCCACUGAACAACAGCGACCUGCACCCGUUCAACAUUGAGGAGAAUGGUGGAACUCCAUACACCACAAAAAUGGCUGCGAGGCACCACCACCACCAUCGGCAUCACCACCACCACGCCAAUUAUGGUGCCCUUGCCCCCGAAAGCAAGGACAUUGUUUCUGCAGUUCCAAACCCAACCAAACUGAGCUCAGGACUUCCCCUUCUUUAUGAUGAAACUUCUCAUCUGAAGAAAAUAGAAACGGAGAGUGUGAAGGUAGUUGGACCAUGGCCAGCCCUGCACGUCAGCAUGAACAAGGCUGAAGACAAGAAAGUACCAGAAAAGACUCUUCAUGCCCCUGUGUCACCUUCAUCUGUACCUGACCAUUUGAAGUGCAACAUCCUCAAAGCUCAAGUGGAAGCUGCUUUUAGAGUGGGUGCCCAGGAUCAAACUGCAGUGUGCCCGGGGAUGCUGGAAGCUGGAUCUAGGAGCUCACUGCCAUGGACACCACAGGUGAGAAACGUGAAGAACCCACACACAGCUGUGGGAACUUGUGCUUUGCACAGGGCAUGCCAUACAGUUACCUGUAGGGCAAGAGCAAAUGGGUAA